AUGGCUGACGAUGAAGACGCUGACGGGACGAAUGGCCUCUUUCAGGAGCCAGAAGGCUACUAUCAGCCGGAGAAGGAGGCGAAAACAGUUUCCUAUCAUACAUUGAGCGGGCAAACGAUUAGUCUCCGGCUUGUCGGACACAGUCCGCUGUGGGGUCACUUGCUAUGGAACGCAGGAAGAACAGUAGCGGACUACCUCGAGCAGAACGGUGAAACUCUGAUUAGAGGAAGAACUGUGCUUGAAUUGGGUGCUGGCGCAGGUCUGCCCUCUAUCAUCAGCGCCCUGCAGGGUGCGACUACUGUCGUCGUUUCUGACUAUCCUGAGGCUGAGCUGGUGGAGAACCUCCGGCUCAACAUCGAGCAAAACUGCAUUGGCCGGGACGUGCACGUUGAAGGUUACCUCUGGGGCGCUUCACCUGCAGCGUUACUGCAGUCUCUCCCGGAGAGUGACCGCACGUUGGGCUUUGAUCUGAUUAUCCUUGCGGAUCUGCUGUUCAAUCACUCUGAGCAUGCCAAGCUGGUUGCGUCAGUGCAGCAGACGCUCAAGGAAACCUCGACUGCCUGUGCGCUUGUCUUCUUCACGCCGUAUCGCCCGUGGCUGCUGGAGAAGGAUCUGGCAUUCUUCGAGCUUGCCAGGGAGGCUGGUUUCGUGGUCGACAAGAUCCUUGAGCAUGUCAUGGAUAGGGUCAUGUUCGAGGAAGACCGUGGGGACGAGCUUCUGCGACGAACUGUUUUUGGGUACAGCCUCCGCUGGUGA